AUGGACAUGGCAUCUAUAAAAUGUCUGAUCAACAGCAUAUCUCGAUUUGUUCAUCUAGUUUCAAGCCAGAGAUCAAAACCUAUGCCUAUUCAGAAGGACUACAAAACCAUAGUUGAUGUACUAAAGCUUUUGAAGCCAUUGCUUGAUGAAGUAGUUGACUACAAAAUACCUUCAGAUGAAAUUCUAUAUAAAGAGUGUGAAGAAUUGGAUAUGGCUGUCAAUGGAGCUAGGGAAUUCAUGGAAAACUGGUCUCCAAAGUUGAGCAGGAUUUUAAGUGCUUGGCGGGGUGAGCCAUUGUUGAUAACAAUCCAAAGCUCUUCACUUAAGAUUUGCAGCAUAUUAAGUAGAUUGCUGCAGUCAUCUUCGUCUGGUUCAAGUUUAAUUGGUCUUCAGCAUUGUGUGCAGGAAAUUCGAUGUUUGAAGCAGGAAAGAGUAACAGAAUACUUAGAAGAGGCUCUGAAAAGUCAAAGAAAAGAUACCAUGCCUUCCACCAAACAUCUUAUGAAAAUUAUUGAAUUGCUUAGUUUGUCUUCAAACCAAGAACUGCUGAAAGAAAGCAUUGCUGUAGAAAAGGAAAGAAUGAAUGUCGAAGUCAGUGAUGUUAGAGGGGAACUAGAUCAAAUCAACCAAAUGGUGAUACUUGUCUCCCACAUUCGUGAAUUCAUGGUCAAAAUUGAGCACCUUGAAACCGCAUCCGGCAUCCCAAUCCCUUCAUACUUCCGCUGCCCUUUGUCUUCAGAACUAAUGUUGGACCCCGUAAUUGUAGCUUCAGGUCAAACCUUUGAGAGAUCUUCCAUCCAAAAGUGGCUGGAUCAUGGGCUCACUAUUUGCCCAAAGACCCGGCAUAGGCUGUCUCAUAUAAAUCUCAUUACCAAUUAUACUGUCAAAGCUAUGAUAGAAAGUUGGUGUCAGGAAAAUGAUAUAAAACUUCCAACAAACUCUGACGGCUUUAAUGCUAUCUCAGUCCCAUCUCCAUCAGAUCGAGUAUCUCCUGAAGGUUCAAUUCACACAGAUAGCAAUUCGACAUCAAGGUCAUCCCUUGAAGUUGGAAGUGUAUUUGAGAAGCAAAUGAAAGAUGUCUCUACUAGACUAAGUGGAGAAAAGUCCAAUGGAUGCCAUAGCAGCGAGAAAGACCACUCAUCACCAAAACAGUCAUGUACUCAUAGCAGGAGCGAAUCAGCCACAAGUGCUGUCUCCAGUAAUGAUUAUGCGCCUCCUGCAUUCAUUAAAGUGUCAGGGAUAUCUAAUAAGCAUGAAAAUGUCAAUGAGUUGUCGGGAGAAAUCACAUCCGAGCAUCCAGUUGCUUCUACUCCAAAUAAAGAAUCAGCAAUGCCGUCCAGAUUAUCAGGAAAACAUUCUCUCAUUUCCAAAAUAAAAGCAGAAGGGACAUGGACUGACAGCCCUAUUUAUCCCAACAGACACCAACUGCUUCCAUUUUCUAGUUCAGGAUCGGACGAGUUGACAACAUCAUCCCAUGUCAUGAAAUUAAUUGAAGACCUCAAGAGCCAGUCGAAUGAAGUGCAAACAUUGGCUGCAGAAGAGUUGCGGCUUCUUGCAAAGCACAAUAUGAAUAAUCGAACUAUUAUAGGCCAAUGCGGUGCUAUCACACCAUUAGUUUCACUGCUAUAUUCAGGAGUGAUGCUAACACAAGAGCAUGCUGUGACAGCUCUUUUGAAUUUAUCAAUUAAUGAAGACAAUAAGGCAAUGAUUGCACAAGCAGGGGCAAUUGAUCCCCUAAUUCAUGUUCUGAAAACGGGAAAUGACGGAGCCAAAGAAAAUUCUGCUGCAGCUUUAUUCAGCCUCUCUGUAUUGGAUGAAUACAAGGCAAAAAUUGGUCGUUCUGGUGCAGUUAAGGCCUUGGUUGAUCUUCUAAGCUCAGGGACUCUUAGAGGGAAGAAAGAUGCUGCUACUGCAUUGUUUAAUCUAUCAAUUUAUCACGAAAAUAAGGCUCGCCUAGUUCAAGCUGGGGCUGUGAAAUAUCUUAUUGAGUUGAUGAACCCUGAUACUGGGAUGGUUGACAAGGCCGUUGCUCUUCUGGCAAACUUGUCCACCAUUGGAGAGGGGCGCGUGGCAAUUGCACGGGAAGGUGGCAUUCCGUUACUAGUUGAGAUUGUUGAAACAGGUUCCCAGAGGGGAAAGGAAAAUGCCGCCUCCAUACUGUUGCAAUUGUGCCUUCAUAGUCCAAAGUUUUGUACCCUGGUUCUUCAGGAAGGAGCUGUCCCUCCCCUGGUUGCCUUAUCUCAGUCUGGCACACCAAGAGCAAAGGAAAAGGCACAGCAGCUUCUCAGCCACUUCCGGAAUCAGCGAGAAGGGGCAAUGGGGAAGGGAAAAUGA